AUGGCUGGACCACAUCUCCCUCCAGUCGAGCUGGAGCGCUCGGGAGUGGACCUCCUCACAGCCACGGCAGGGGAUCUCCGUGAACGUCUCGAGUCAGGGGAAACCACCAGCGUCGAGCUAGUGCGACUGUACCUCGACCAGAGCGCCAAGCACAAUCACGAUGGCAUGAAACUCCACGCCAUCAACGCGGUAGUGUCCCGCGAUGCAUUGUUCGAUCAGGCAAUGGCAUUGGAUGCCGAGAGGAAGAACUCCGGCCCGAGGUCACCACUUCACGGGAUUCCAAUCACGCUUAAGAAUUUCUAUCUCGCUCCGUCCUUCGGGCUCGAGACAACGUGCGGCUCCUUUGCCUUGGAGGGUCUGACUGCUAGUGAAGAUGCAGCGAUUGCAACUGCGCUUAGAGAUGCUGGCUGUAUCGUCAUCGGUUUGGCCAAUCUUUCGGAGUGGGGAAACGGGAAGGGUUCUAACCUCACAGCUGGCUGGUCGGCCGUUGGUGGCCAGACUCAAACUCCGUACGUCAAGGGCGGCGUUGAUCCCGACGACCAGUGGCUGGGCCACAGCACUCCCGGCGGCUCGUCCUCAGGCUCUGCCGUAGGAACGACGGCUGGCUUCGCAGCUCUCAGUGUCGGGAGCGAAUCAGACGGUUCGAUCGUGCAACCGGCUAUCCGUGCCGCCCUCUACAGUAUCAAGGGGGCCGUGGGUGAUGUUAACAUGAAAGGCACCAUGUCCGGAGGUGCUGGCUUCGACAGUGCUGGGCCGCUUGCCAAGUCAGUCGAGGAUUGUGCCGACGUCAUGGACAUUCUGCUACCGGGAAGAAAUUUCUGCUCACACCUAACAAAGUCGUGGGAUGGGCUUCAUAUUGCCUACCUGGACUACAAGACCGGGGUGUGGCAUGUGCCGUGCAUCGCACAAAUACUCACCUUCCUUCUUAUAGGAGCGCACGAUUGUCAACGCCAUGGAAAAGAUAGACAGCUCCGGUGGGAAGGUUGUAUAGAAUGCGCCGUUGCUGAUGCCAGAGGCGAUCAUGAAAGAGUAUGGCACAGCUCAAAUGUCGGAUCUUCUGAAUUUCUCGCCUUGUUUAACAAGCCAGAGCUUCGCACGGUCCAGGACUUGGUCGAUUUCAACAAGCAACAUUACGAACUGGAACUUCCUCCCGACCAGCCAAGCCAAAGCGUGCUCGAGAAUGCGGCUAAAGACAACAUGAACCAUGAAAAGUACCUUCACGACCUUGGCUACUUGCGUAAGAGCUACCGUGAAGCCGUCGAAAAAUGCUUCGAGGCAACUAGUGCGGAUGUUAUCAUGGCGUCAGGAGAGUCGUACUUGACCAGCAUCGCGUCGGGUGCGGGAUAUCCUAUCACCAGUGUGCCCUUGGGGUUCUCCUCCUACAACGGUAGACCUUACGGAAUGGAGAUACUGGCACGAAACGGCGAGGAGCAGAAGAUAUUCAGAGUCAUGUCUGCGUGGGAGGUAUCAUUUCCUGACGCAAGGAACCCCCCGCCUCUCCUCCCCCACUUGUCACUGCCGGGGCUUAUCGUCAUUCGGUUCCCUUUCUCGCCCUCGCUUCCAUUCUUUCCAUGA